AGGUUUACCCAUCUAAUUAAUGACGUCAUAGUAAAGAAAUGUGCUCGAAUGUGUGUGGCCGUACAAAAUUGAAUGGACUGCGCAGGGAUAUAUUUUAAAAACGUAUGACUGUAACUGAAGUCACGUGACGAACUGUAUGUGUACGUUGUCUGGAAUUUUUUAUAUCUAUGAAAGAUACCGCGUUGAAUCACGGGACUGACCAACAUAGUGACAAAUAAGGUCAAUGAAAUCAUUACUUCACCUUGGUCAACCUGUUCCAAAUGCUUUAUUCUAAAAAGUUAUGGCUCAGACAAACAACGCAUGUUUUCCUGAGAAUUCCAUCAAAGCAUUGAGUUUAAACGAAAACCAGACCAUUACUACUGCGCGUGAAACUAAGGUUCCUUUUUUUCAAAGAAUAAACGACAAAAUAUCAACUAGUCUAGAGAGAACUUUCUACAGAUUAGGCAAGUUAGUCGGUUCUAAACCAUGGUUGGUUAUAUUUGCUACGUUGCUCAUUAGUUCUUUAUGUUUAUUGGGUUUACUCAACUUUCAAAGAGAGGGUAGAAUUGAGAAAAUGUGGGUUCCUGAACGAUCACAGGCUUUGCAAGACAAAGUCUGGGUUGAAGCGAGAUUUCCAGAAAAAUUUCACAGCUCUUUGUUCAUUUUUUAUCAAGACAACGUUCUCGAUGUCCAAAGUAUACGUAAGAUGUUGGAAAUUCAUGAGAGGAUUGUUAACAUGAAAAUAAUGUUCGAUGGUAAAAGUUUAUCUUGGAAUGAUCUUUGUUUCAGGGUUGGAGGACAAUGCGCAAUUCAUGGAAUACUAGAACUGUGGUUAUUUAAUAAAACAAUUAUUGAGAGCUUAAAGAAAGAUAAAAUACUUUCUGACAUCGGGAAAAGACCAACGUUUAGUCCUUAUUCUGGUCGAGUAUUUAGUUUGGAGAGAACGGUUGGUGGAAUAACCUACGAAGAUGGAAACAUUUCUGGUGCUCGUGCAUUUAAAGUUUCUUAUGCAUUAAAGUCAAAUCUUCAGUUGGAUAAAUCAUCUGGCGAAGAGAUUGACCGCAGAGCAAGACUUUGGGAAAAAGAGUUUGCAAAAAUCUUGGAUGAAUAUGAUAAUAUUGUUUAUUACACAAACACAGAAUUUCACUCUACCUCACAGAAUUCAAUCAAAAGUGAUAUUAAAUUGUUGAGUACAGGUUAUGCUCUUCUUAUUUUCUAUGUCGCUUUUGUCAUUGGGAAGUUGAAUCGCCUCGAAGUUAAGAUGUGGUUAGCGACUGUUGGUGUUAUUGGUGUUGCUAUGAGUAUUGGUGUUUCCAUUGGUUUGUGUAGUGCCAUAGGGCUUCUCUUUGGGACGGCACAUUUGACCCUGCCAUUUCUUUUACUUGGGAUUGGAGUGGAUGAUUUAUUCGUUAUUGUCCAAUCUUGGUCAAAUAUUUCACCAGCUGUUCAUCGUCAUAACACCAUUGAAGAAAGAAUUGGCCUUGCUUUAAAACAUUCUGGAACAUCAAUAACAGUUACGACAGUCACUGACGUUUUAGCAUUUUUGGUUGGAGGAACAACUAUAUUACCAGGAUUAAAAUCUUUUUGCUUGUAUGCUGCUGUUGGUAUUCUUUCAGGUUAUAUAUUUCAGCUGACGUUUUUUGUCGGAUGGUUGACAAUUGAUGCCAGAAGACAAAGUGCCAAUCGCGAUGGAUGCUUAAGCUGCCUCGUUUUGCCCGAAAACUAUACUCCGAACAAGUUUUUUAAUCUUCAGUUUACUCAAAUUUUCUUUGAAAAGAUCUAUAGCAAGAUAUUGUUAAAAGUACCUGUAAAGGUGAUUGUUCUGAUAUCAGUUGCUGUUUUUCUUGCCAUCAGCGUUAGAGGAAGCUUGCUAUUACGUCAGCAUUUUGAACCGAAGUGGAUUUUGCCGCGUGAUUCGGUCAUUCGAAGAUAUAUUGAGAUCGACUCUAGAGAGUUUCCUUUUAAUGGCCAUCCUAUCGCUAUCUAUCUAGGACCAAUGGAUUACUAUGCAGAACAAAUGCGGUUGCAUCGUUUGUACGAGAAAUUACAGAAUGACACAGAACGAUUAUCUAGUAACAGCUUAGAGAGCUGGUACGAAUCUUAUGUGAUGUGGAUGAAAAAACAUCAUCCUGAAUAUGUCUAUUUUAAUAAUUCCACUAUAAACAAUGAAAAAGCGUUUUAUUUUAAUCUUAAAAUUUUCCUCGAUGGAUCUGAAGGACGAAAAUUUGCCAGUCAUGUUAAAUGGAACAAAUCUGGUAAUAGAAUUGAAGCUUCUCGUUUCUCUGCUCUUCAACCUAAUUUCGCUGAUUCUGUGAAGGAAGUGCAAGCGAUGGACUCUCUAAGGGAACUAGUAAAGAACGUGUCUCCUGGUGCUAGAGUGUAUGGUUUCUCGUAUUUAUGGGCUGAAAGUUACAAAGUUAUAGGAACUGAACUAUAUCGAAAUAUUCUUCUUGCAAUGCUGGUGGUUUUUAUUGUCACAUUUUUUAUCAUUGCAAAUCCCAUGACAUCCUUUCUUGUCUUUCUUUGUGUUGCUUUUACUGUGGUAGAUGUCGCAGGUCUUAUGUAUUACUGGAAUCUGACCAUCGACGUUGUAUCAGCAAUAGUUUUAGUUAUUGGAGUGGGUUUAUCUGUUGAUUAUGCCUCUCAUGUUGGUCAUGCUUAUCUUAUGCAAACGGGAAACUCCAAAGAAAGAGCAACGAAAGCAUUACAGUACAUUGGACCAGCUGUUUGGAAUGGUGGAUUUAGCACAUUCCUUGCGAUUGUUUUACUUCCUUCAUCUGAGUCGUAUAUCUUUAUGACUUUCUUUAAAGUUUUGUCUGGUGUUGUCAUCUUUGGUCUAUUUCAUGGUCUAGUAUUUCUGCCAAUCAUACUAUCUAUUUUAAAUCCUUCACCUUACAAAUCUGCUCUUAAAAUAACGAGUAGUUUUGGGGAGACUGGGACAGGCUUACGUCAUGUGGCUAAAGUGACAAUACUUCAAGUAAAGCCAAAUGGAAUUCCAUUGGCAUAAAUUAUACGACAUUUAGAGUUUUUUUCCAAAAAGGAGGUGAAGUUUAUCCUUCCUACGAAAGUACAACUACGUCAGCGACAGCUUGCUCUUUUUUAAAACGUCGUAUACUCGUCGUUUUGAUUUGUAGCUAAACAAUUUUUAGUCAUAAAUAAUGUGUUGCAUGUUUUUAAUACUGCUAGUGAUUUUAAUUUUAUACGUAUUUAACAAUUCGUUAUCUGAAUAUGCGCUUUUAAUUAUUCA